UAUUCACGUUUCUGUGUGUAGUUCAACUGGGCAUUCCAAAGAGUAGGCUACUAGCAGCAAACUCAGCAGCGAGCACAGCUCUUCUGGCACCAGCCAGCUACAAUACCCAUCAUACCUUGCGACGGUCACGUCACCAGUACGUCAAGUGUUGUGUUGUUCCUCAUGUGUGAUAGCGGUAUCAAAGAUCCUGGAAACGAACGCUUCUUCUUCCGUCUGUGGUGGAAUUGGGUGGGAUCCGCAGGAGGAACGCAGACCGAGGCGGAUUAAUUGAAGAUGGCAGACGAGGAGGACUCGGGACCGGAGGCAGAGCCGGCUCCUUACUCUCCCGCGGAAACCCCUAGUUCCGCCCGGCCUCACUACGUCUCGUUCUCCGAGAGCGUCCAGCCAGCGGUGGGCAUGAUGAGCCAGCUACUCAGUCAGCCUUCCUCCCUCAAAUUCGACAAGAACAUCAAACAGGCCUUCUACAACACAGGAGCGAUGAUUUUCGUGGCUAUCUGUUGUGGAGCGGCUGUGCUAGUCUUCUUUAUCCUGGAAGCCUUUCUGAGACCACUGCUCUGGGCCGUUCUCUGCGGGACCUUCCUCCACCCAUUCAAACACUCCCUAGCCCGGCUGGGACGCUCCUGGCUCAACGGCCUGCAGGACACCGGGACGCCGAUACUCCUGGGGACGCUGCUGGUCCCGGUGUGGUGUUUCAACCACGGGGUGGAUUUCCUGGGGUGUCUGGUGCUGGAGAGGCUUACGGUGCUGCUGGUGAUCGGGGCGGGCGCGCCACUCAUCUACUUCUUUUACCUGUUCUGGAGCGUCAUUGGCAUGCAGGUGAUCAUCGGGCACGUGUGUGACGUCAUCGGGAGCGCGCUGGACUGCUUCCACUAUGUGUGGGUGAUGACAGUGGUGUUGGGGUAUGUGCUGGCUGUAGCCUGCAAAUGGAGCCCCGGUACAGAGAGAUACCUGAGAACCAUGUCUGUACCUGUCUGGACCAUACUACUCUUCUACCUGGUGUCUCUGACUGGCUCGUGGAGAGUUCCUGUGUUUGUAACGUGGUCACGCUCCUCAUCGUGGGCUCUCAAGAGAAGCCACCUGUCCCUGGCAACCUCGGGUGAGCUGUCAGGACAGGUGUUGUCGUUCGCUGCUAACACCAUCUACAUGGCCAUCUCCUGCAGUAACCUCCACUUGGGCCCCGAGAGAGAUACCAGCAGUGUCUCCGCAGGUCAGAUAACACACACACACACACACACACACACACACACACACACACACACACACACACACACACACACACACACACACACACACACACACACACACACACACACACACACACACACACACACACACACACAUAAGCGUUGUACUGCAGUAACUAACCAUCAGCCACAAAAAGCUGUCUAA